GAGGAGAGGAGAGGAGAGGGAGGGGAGACGUUUCCUGCUGAAGGGGAAAGACAAGAAGAGCCAGGGGUGUAAGAGGAGAGGCAGCACAACGGCAGAACCAUCCGAGGAGGGAAGGUGAAAGGGAAGGAGAGAGAUCAGAGGAAGAGGAGGAGGAGAAGAAGGGAGGAGGAGGAGAGGAUUUGUAGAGGAGCUAGCCUGUCCUUAUGGAGGAAUAAGAGGGAUCGGAGGGGACGAGGCAGAGAAAGGAGGGCGAUCUAGUCGGGUUAUUUGUAGGGACAUCUCUAGCCAAGAAGGAGGAUGCAUCUUGCCUUUGGGAUUAUCCAUGGUGCAGGGCUUCUGCUGCUCAUCACACAGGCUGCUCUGGGCCAGCGGUGGCGUAAAGAAUUUGAAGAUGAGAAACCAUUUGAUCUAGAAAGCUCUGGAGAUGAUGACUUCAUUGAUGAGGAAGAAAUUGAUGAUGUGUAUUCUGGGUCAGGAUCUGGUGAUUUUGAGUUGGAAUCCAGGCUUGAUUUUGGAGUUAGGUAUACAACAGAAACACCCAUUUUGCCUCCCACAGCCACAGCACUAAAACCAGCACCUACAGUACAGGUCAUUCCUGCUGUACAGACAACAUGGCUUCCUCCUACAACCCAAGCCACCAUUGUACAUCGGCACCAUCCAUGGGCUCCUCCUGAAGAACCAGAAACUCCUUCCAUGACUGCUGCCCCCACUCCAACUAAUCCUUUCAAGGAAGCACCAACCGCUGCUGAUAUAACCCCAGGAAUUGUCAGGACAACAGAAAUACACAAAUUACCACCUAUCAUUGUUGUUUCAACUUCUACAACACCAGUGCCUAGUUCCACAGAAGAAGAGACUGAAAUGUGGGAAGAUACAACUGAAAAUGUGGUAGUUAUUCCCAGUGAGGAAGACAGUAGGCUGUGGCCUACUGAGGAUGAGAGGACUGUACAGACAACUGCUGCAAAUGAACGUGAAAUUGAAGAUCUAGACAAAGUGACAUUCACUCAGCAACCACAGACAGACAUCUGGGAAGUGACAAUAGCCACUGCUCGUGACAAUGAAGUAGAGAUUCCAGUCAGUGGAGGGCCAAGUGGAGACUUUGAGAUACAAGAAGAAGACAGCAAAUCCCAGACACAACCACCCACAAUAUUCGACCUAGGAAAUGAAGUACUGCCACCAGGCACAACUCCCACCGAUCAUGGUCGAGGAAGGAAGGCAGAUACUGGCCUUAUUGACAACACUAUAGAUUCUGGAAAUACAUUGGCACAAAUGCCACAAAAGAACAUUUUGGAGAGAAGAGAAGUAUUGAUAGCUGUAAUAGUUGGAGGAGUAGUCGGGGCCCUGUUUGCUGCAUUCCUAGUGAUGCUGCUGAUUUAUCGCAUGAAGAAGAAAGAUGAAGGAAGCUAUGCUCUGGAAGAGCCCAAACCAGCUAGUGUUUCAUAUCAGAAACCGGACAAUCAUGAGGAGUUUUAUGCAUAGUCAGGGGAACAUGGCCUUCAGUUUCCCCUCUGUCAGUCCCGAUGAUCAGUGAGCCUGUGGACGGAUCUUACAAUCCUGGCUUCCAUCUUGGAUGGGGGCUCUGUCUGUUUCUAGAUCACAACUACCUGAAGUGUGAUGUCAUAAAGUGUUGUCAAACCUGGAUACUCAACCAACCCUUUGGAAGUAGCGAACGUUCCUAUUGUCUGACUUCUCCAUCCAUUCCUUUUUGCGUUUGUAAACUGUAAAUGCCCACAACUGCCACGUGCUUCUUUGAGGGUUCUUCUAACAUGCUUGACUGAUUUCUCUUUCUGUGGCCAUCAUGUAGCAGAUUCUGGUACCCACAAAAGCACAAGUGAUACCCACUAAUUCAGUAUUGGCAUAUGGCAUAUAAAAUACUUUCUGCCAUCGCGGGUGUGCAUUUUUUUUUUACUCUUUUUUUUUUUAUAUAUAAUAUUUCCAAAGUAGGUUGUAUAUGUAAAUGCUGAAAGGAAUUUUGAAUGUCAAGUAUAACUUGUAUUUAUCAAUUUAAUACAUUUAUAUUGAUUACAGUCCGACCACAGGCUUCACCGUCAAGCUGUAAAUAGGUACUUGUGUAAAUUAAUAAAAUGCUAGGGAAUCUAAUUAGAAAAGAAGCAGCAUAGCUUUUUUUAACAUUAAAGAAAACAUUUUAAAGCAAAUAUGUUAUUAUGUGGGUGUAAACAAUGAAAUACGGAGAACUCUUUUUAAAAUGGUACUGUGAUGGAAAGAGAUAACAAAUUAGCUUUGGUUACAUUUAGUGCCAUAAGAUGCAGCCUUGGUUAAACCAAUAAUCUACCUUUAAAUAUGUUAUAAUUAAAAGCAGGAUCUACAUCCUACCAAAUUUGUAAAGAAAUCAACCAUAUUUGUUUGGUGGCCCUUUUAAAUACAAUGUACCACUUUAUUAGUUCAAAAAUCAGGAUGGUCACCCAAGAUAUGAUUGGGGGUUCUGUAAGAGCCUUUGUGAACAAAUCCCAGCUCCAUGAGCCAAUAGUCUUCUUUAAAACUAUUUUAAUUUCUUGCUUUCCAGGUAAGGAAAAGAAAUCCAGUUGUUGCAUGAUAAACAAGACAUAAAAGCGUAACUGACACCAAAUACAGCAUGUGUAUAAAAUUUUCUCCAUGUCAUAUUCACUCUACGCUGUAGAUAAAAAAAAAAUAUCUUACCAUGAAGUAAAUUCUUAGUCUAGAAAUUAUACUAAACCUUUAGGUUACUGGGAUUAAUUUCCUUGAUUUCACAGUUAAACAUAAUGAUUCAACUUAAAAAACAGAGACUGAAUAGGUAAAAAAAAAUAUUUUAAUUUUUGGGUUGAUGUCUGUGGGUUAAAUCAACCACCAGAUUCUGAUAUUUCUUGGGUACCUAAUGAUUCUUACCCACUGCAGCCUUGACUGUUGUGUCACAUGUACCCUGUUGAGUUUGUGUUUUCUUUAUAUUGUGAAGAAUGCAGAGGGACAAGACAACCUCUUUCUUCUGCAGCAGAAGAACCACAUAGAAUGAGAGCUAUUUAGCUAGGAAAUCCAGCACAUGGAGGGGCUAGAAAUUGAUUUGGUCCACCAGCACGGAAAUUGAAUUUGGUUGGACUGAUGCAUUAACUUGAAUGCGGUCUUUACCUGGUGUACCUUAUAUGUAUCAACAGAAAAAAACAUCCUUUCAUCCCCUUUUUGCUCCCUCUGAAAAUUGUGCCACUUUAGAGUAUUACCUAGUCUAAGGAUUAAAGUAAACUUGCGUUAAUUACUCCAAAUGACUCAUACAGGUUAAUAUACUAAAACAGGAGUGUUCCCUUUUGGUGAGGUGAGUGUUUAUUGAAAACAUCAAUCAUAUACAGGUGACUUCUAAAACAGUAGUAACGUCUGCACUUGGUUGGAUGUUUGAAGAAACCACAACUUUGAUUUAUCGGGAUGAAAACCCCAACGAUGUCCUAUUUGCAGACUGGGCUAUAUAAAGUAAUUGUAAUUUUAUUUGCGUUUUCCCCUCUUUUGUGUUCAAGCUGCAUGCACCAAACAUUACUUGCAGUAAAGAUGUCUAAAAAUAGCAUACAAAUGGAGAGGUGAUAUAAAAAACUCAGGCACGCUAACCGUUUAAGGCAUGGUCAGGAAUUGUAGUGUUUACUUUUCUCUGAGAAUGAAGAUAUGGUAAAUAUAGGCCAAUGGCUAGAUGGGUCUGGAUCAAUAUUGUAAAGAAAAAAUAAAGAUUAAUUUUAUCCAACAAAGGAUUUAACAUAAAUGCAGAAUUUUAACUAGACGUAGAAAUUCUCUCAAUUAAGCUGAAUGUCAUUUCUGUGGCAGUGUAUGUUGUUGUCGAUCUCCCUGUGAAUAGAGACUGAAUGUAAUAGCCCAAGGGGAGUUUUGUGAAUUUGCAACAAAGGUAUCAGCCAAUCGGAAAACACUCCUUGGCCCAACUUCAAAGAAUGCAACACCGUGAAUGGCCAAUAUCAUGACCUGAGAUUUUUUUUACAUCCAUUGUAUGUGGUAAAAAUUAUUUCUAGAACAAGGGGAUGGGAAACUGGGUUAUACUGUAAUAGAGCAUUUUUGUAUGUACAGUAUGUAAUUCACUAGGAUUUUAGCAUUAAAAAUUUGCUUCUUAAAAUCUGUUCUGAAUGUGUUCUGGAUCUCAAAGCACAGACUUUAAAGCCAAAAGCUGACGUAACAUAAGCAUCAAGCAAAGACAAAAUAAUUCAUUUAAAGCAAAUAAAAGUAUCUUUGCCAAUGAUUCUUACGCAAUGUUGCAGUAAUGUAUCUUCCUAAUUUUAUAAUUAUUUCUGUGAUGUAUCCAUUAAGGACAAUAAAAAACUGAAACAAUUUGAACUUA